AAUGAGAACAGGAAUCUUGAUUUGUUUAGUAUUGGGUUUAUUGAGUGUGGAAAUGAAUAUGGAAAGACAUUAAGAGGAGGUGAUGAAUAAAUUAAAAGAAUCUAAAUGGGCUUCUUUUAUAGUUGAAUUUGCAGAAGUAGAAUUAGGUAGCGGAGGUGCUUUGACAGAAUUGGUUGAAGCCAUUAAUUAAUUGAUUGAUUAAUUAGAAGAAGAAUUAGAUGAUAUUCAUGAUGCUUAUUCUAGAAGAACAGAUGAACACAAUAGGGAUGUUACAAGAUAUGAAUAAGAAAUUCAGGAUGCUGAUAGAGGUUCUCUCUUUUAUUAUUCUUAGAUAUCUUCAAUGGAGAAGAUUUCAUUGAUAAUGUUCUUAUUCCUUAAAAGUAAAGAUUCUUAGAUGCCUUGGCUUAAUUGAAGACUAAUAUUGAAGAAAAUAGAAGAAUACUUGAUUAAGAAACUAUCAAUAGAAAAAAAUAACAUGAACAAUUCUUAUCCAAUAUUGCUGAAAUCAAUGAAGCUAUUGGCGCUGUUGAUGAAUCCUUAGGACUUCUAUCUUAAAUUACUAACCCAUCUCUUGUUUAAUUCAAGAGAGUUUAAACCAACUUGGGAAGAAUUUAAACUACCUUCUAAAACCAUUCUUCAUUUGCUCCUAUCAUUAGAGCUUUACUAGAAUUAGCCACUGAACAAAACUUUGCUGAUUAAGGAUCUCUCUAAUAAUUGGUCAAAAUUUUCAAUGAAUUAAGAGUUUAAUUUGUUGAUACUUUAAAUCAAGAAACUGCUGAUGAAAGUGCUGCUGAAUCUAAAUUUACUUCAAGAGUUGCUCAAUUAGAAAAAGAAUUCGCUGAAUUCUAAAGAGCUGUUCUCAUCAAAAACUCUGAAAUUGCUGCCAAUGAAUGUAAUUUUUCUUUCUUAGACUAGAAAAAUUGGGUGAAACCAUUGUCUAUGUAGGAUAAAGAAAGGAUGACAGAGCCACUCUUUAAGCUCAAUUAUAAGCUGAAAAUGAUAAUUAUGCUGCUGAAACAGAUCUUUACAAUAGAACUGUUGCUGAAUACAAUAAAGAAAUUGAAAUCAGUAAAUAAGCUCUUGCCUUAUUAACUUAACCAAGCUUUGAAUAAUACGUUAAAUCAAAAGUAGGAAUUUGAUCUUAAUAAGAUACCAAAAAUAAAUAUUUUUAUUUAUUCAAUCUAAUCGUUCUUAAUCUUCUUAUUAUUUGAAUUAUACCUAUAAAUUCUAUUUCUAAAUCAUCUCCAUNAAUAGUCGUUUUUAUUAUUUAAU